AUGAAAUCAGCAGUGACAACUAGCCUUGUUUCCAAAAGGUGGAGAUAUAUUUGGACUAAUUUAGUUCAUCUUGAUUUCGAACACCCUGAUUUUCAUUUGAUCCGCUGCCCUUUUCCCAGACCAUUUGAUUAUAAAAGAGAUAGAUAUUGUAAAUGGGUUAAUAAGGUUAUGACUGGGAAUCGUGCCUCGCAUUUGAGCACCUUCAGAAUUCAUUUUCCUCUUAAUGGACGACGAUGGAAUACGGCUCAUAUUGAUAAGUGGAUAGCUAUGGCCUUAAGCAAAAAUGUAAGCAACUUGGAGUUGAACUUGUCACAUGAUACGGGAUUUUGUAUUACGAAUAAGUAUACUUACAUAAUUCGACAGGAUGUUCUCUCCAAUAAUAAUGGAAUUACUACCCUCAAAACUAUUCACUUGGAAGCAUUAGUAGUCGAGGGAGAUGUGGUUGAACAUGUUUUGUCAAACUGUCUUAAUCUUGAUCGUCUAACCGUCAAGAAUUGUGAAUUUUACUUGUGUGGAUCGGUAUGGACUUUUCCUAAAACACAAGUUGUUGUUGCCUCCUCUAAGCUGAAACACUUAGAGUUAUAUGGUUGUGCCAACAUUAAAUCAAUUCAGAUUUCAGCUCCAAAUCUUACUUGGUUUAAAUUCAUGGGUGUUGAUACAAAAAUACAAUAUACUAGUGUUCCGGCACUUGUAAAUGUAACCUUUGAGGGUGGAUAUUGGUAUCACGAGCACAAAUUGAACGUCUUUUCAAAAUUUUCUAAUCAGCUUGUGCAACUCUCUCUUUCCUGGUCUCUACAGGAAAAAUCUCUUCCAACUAAGUUUCCGAGUUUUCCUAAUGUUAAGCAAUUGGAGAUAUAUGUAAUGCUUUCAGACAAUGGAAAAGACAAUCUUCUUGCUUUGAUCCCUUUCAUUAAGGCAUGUCCAGUAUUGCACACCUUAAAAUUGAAGCUUCUUCCCAUUUAUGGAAUAUCAUGGCCGGCGAAGUUUGUACAAAGUGAUGUUGAAAUUGAAACAAUACGUGCCCAUAAGCACCUUUCUGUUGUAGAGUUUGCUCGUUUUUCAGGAACUGAAUCAGAGGCGAAUCUAGCACUUUUUCUGGCCGAGCAUGCUCCCAUGCUUAACAAGUUCAUUUUUGAUCCUCAUCAGCCUCAAGCCGGUGGAAAUACACACAUGCAUGUGGAGUUUGCAAAUAUGAUUUUGUAUGAACAUAUCAGCCUAUGGAGAAGAAAAGCAGAGGAUCUUGCAAAACGAAUUCGAGGAGGUGUUGAUGUGGUGAUUCUAUAA